AUGCAGACGACGGAUACGGCCAACGCUGCUGGCAACCUGGCUAUCGAGGGAGACCUCCUCGGUCUGGGUCUUCCCGCUCCGGCGGCACCCGCAGUGUCCUCCUCAUCAUCAGGUGGCGCGGCCGAUGGUGGCGGUGGCAUUUCCGCCGUCUCAAGCAACGCCUCGGAUGCCAACCUGCUCAUUGAUAUUCUCGGUAACGGCAUUAUGGAGACAUCUGCCGCCGCCGCCGCCGCCGCAACUACUGCACCAAUUGCCCCCUCAACAACGACUACCCCUGAUUUAAACACUAUCAUGCAAGUACUAUGUCUUGCCCCUUUUUUCCUCUUUCAUCGUAUGUAUAGUAGUAGAUAUAAUGGGGAGAUCAGGGAGACCAGAAUGGCCAUUUCUGGUUUGUUAGCCAUCAUCAGCCAGUCAUAUCCAAUCUCAAGGGUUGGAACCCCCGGGACCUUUGGCCAUUGA